GCUAGAACCGUAGAACAACCCUCAGCUACUGUAGGCUGUCACGUAAUUGGUUAGUAUAUAGAACCCCGGGUUCAAGCUGCGAUGUGAUAAGAAGUGGGCGACUUCCCCCUUGCUGUUUUUUCUGGCGAUAAAGAAGACGAUGACAUUGCACGAUAAGGGAUAUAUUUUUUUUUUAGAUCUUCUUUCCUCUCCUUCCAAAGCCUUCUCUUUUACGCUUGGAGAAAGAUUACGACGGAUGUGAAUUAACGGACUCGCGUAUCCAACAAGAUAAAAAGCGCCAGAUAUACAAGAAAAUAAACCAGCUGAAGAUGUCGGUAGUACUUGGUGAAUUACUUGAAAUACCAGCGGGAAAAUAAACCGAAGAUCGUCAUGCCUUGCUGUUGGAUAUUUUCAUACCGAGAAUCCCACCUUGCAGAUUGUUGGCAGUACGGCAAAAAGCGAAGCUCGUGGGUUCCAUAGUGGAGUCAUGGAGCCGACGACGUAUUAAUGAACUCAAAGAUAGGCUGAUCGCUGGUCUAAAUAUAUCUGUGAUAGCGGCAGAUCCAUCAGCAUGAUGUCCCGGUCGUGGGUGGGUGUGCAGGUGUUGUUGCUGCUGCUGUCGCUUCUCGCUGAUGGAAGGGGACAGGAUUAUCCCCACUAUAACUUUGAUGACUUACCCGAUCUGUCCCUUCCCAAGGACUUGGAGGGGCUUGAAGGGUUCGCCGAUGUCGGGGGUGGGCCGAGGGGGGAGGGGGGUGAUGAAUUCAGGCCCGAUGGGGUCGUGCAAGGGCUGAUGAUGGGAGACGUUAUUCGGAGGAUUGAGAAUUUGGAGAUAUUGUGUCAGGACCAUGUGUCCCCCGGGACCCCCCGAGCAACUUCGCCGACGCUGGAGGCAGACGAGGAGGGGGGCCUGAAGUUGAACGCCCUGCCGAAUGACAUGACUCUGACCUCCUCCAACCACUACGUGGUGCCCGGCCCGGAGAUGGGAGCAGACUUCACUGGUCAGUUCAGCCCAACCCCCCAGCAGCUGCAGAAGACAAUGACAAUGAUCCAGGAUUCUGUCCUCGUGAUCGCCUCGGAGCAGGACAAGUUGAGAGAGGAGUUCCAGCAGGUUCUGUUGGAUCUGCAGGCAGUGAGACAGGAGAUGUCUGAUGUCAAGGCCGGCCUGAGUCAGUCACGGACGGAGUUGCUGACGGCUGUACGGAGGGCCGACACGGAGAUCAAGGGGCAGGACUCCAGGUUGCAGAAGCUCGCCCAGAACGUCUCCAGCAUCGACAACUCACUCGGGGGCUUCCAUAGAAGUUUUUACGAGCUUUCCAGUCUCAACCGGUCUGUGCUGGUUGCCAUGAAGGUGCAGAAGCAGACGCGGCAGAAGUUGACGGGGUUGACGGGAGACGUGAAGACGUUGAGGAACAACGUCGGUGACCUCCAGGAAAACUGGAACAAGACGAUGAAGGAGACGUCUCGGCGACUGCAGAGGAGCUACACCGUGGGGAAAGAUGUGAACAAACUCCAGAAACAGUUCCACUCCAUGAAGACGAGGUUCACACGGCUUCAUGGAAAAAAGUGUGAGUCUGGGCGAUGGAUGUUCAUGAACUACCCAUUCUCCUACGGCAAAUGGCCUCAGUCACACCCCGUCAAGUUCGCACAGCCGUUUUCCCGACGGCCUGAACUUACACACGGAAUGACGCAGCUUGACGUAAACUACCGUUACAAUACUCGGGCCAGGGUGCGGGUGGUGGGUCUUGACACCAAGGGCUUCUCCCUGGUGUGUGACGGCUGGUACAACACGAGGCUAUACCGGGUCGAGGUGUCCUGGAUGGCCUGUGUCGUGUAGUCUGGAGAACGUCGUCAUGAACUACGGAUGACCUUGAACGAGGCUCAGUGGCCUUGGCAUAAUCUGAACAAAACAAUGGGUGACGAGUGUGCGCGAGUGUAGCCGAGAUAUAUGCAACGCCGGACAAUGCCCAUUUACCCGUUUUUGCGUGCUACUGUGACUUCAUAUUUUAGUUCAACUAUAUUUUCAAGCAUUCAUCAGUAUGCAAUGCAUCUUACUGAUGCACGGUGAACAAGGCUGGAUCCUAUACCAUGUAGAUCAUUAAUCGAAAACAUACACGUGUUGGCUCAUAUGUAAAGCAUCACAAACCUGCUGCAAUAUCCGUAUUAGGAACUUACUGUGACAUUAUAUUGAGUGUUGCUGUCUAGUUAUUCCUUAUGUUUAUGAUAAUAAUAAUUAUUUGUGUUAUAGACAUAUAAAUGGAUCAAUUAAUUGUUUUUAUGGUAUUUCUCAAAUGUGGGUCAGUGAGGUAGCCAUGUGGUCCAAGCGUUCGCUCGUCACACUCGUCCAAUCAUGGCUACAAUGUGUGGAGCCAAUUUCUGAUGUCCCCCGCCGUGAUAUUGCUAGAAUAUUGUUAGAAGCGACGUAAACCUAAUUCAAACAAUCUCAUGUGCGAAGCUCAAGAAGCGCUCCGAAAAUCCCCAAAUUUUGAAACAUUGUAAAACACCAUUUUGUCAAACGCUGCUUCUGUAUCUCCUCGGUUUCUUGUGCGAGUGAGUGAGUGAGUAUGGUUUUACGCCGCCUUUAGCAAUAUUCCAGCAAUACCACGGCGGGGGACACUAGAAAUGGGCUUCACACAUUGUACCAAUGUCGGGAAUCGAACCCGGGUCUUCGGCGUGACGAGCUAACGCUUUAACCACUAGGCUACCCGACCGCCCCUCUUGUACAAGUAUCUCCACCUCGUGUUAAGCUAAAAAAAAAAUUCUGUUCAAUUACAUGAUAACAAUGAAUGUUGAAUGUUUUUGUUUUAUAGUACAGCUUCGUGCAGCUCGGUUGUCUCGAAUGUAACAAUAUUUCCGAUCUAUCUUCCAAAGAAAUGUUAAUUUCUAUAUCAUAUAUAUACUGAUGUCACGAACAAAACAGUUAUUGAAAUCUCGAACAUGGUGUUGUAAGAAUACAGGGGAUGGAUACAGUCUGGCCCAGGCGUCUCGAACAUAUAGGGACCGUGUUGUAACUUCGAGAUAUCCGGACAUUCGAGAUAGCGAGGAAAGGACAGCCACCCAGGCCAAUCAACCGUUUUAUAGAUCCAUAAGAAAACUGUUGUAUACAUGGGAAAUUAAGAACACUGGUAGACAUAGUGGCAACUUGUAUUGCAGUGUAGCAGCGUUAUAACGUGUGGUCGUCUCACGCGGUCUGUCGCCUUUUAUACCAUGUUCAGCGCUAUAUUAUAACAUUGUUUCGGUUAAUCCAGGUGUUGACUCGUGUUCGUAUCACGUUCUGCACGUGCAGGAGAGGACAGGUGGUUGCGUUUGCAUGCUCCGUUUUUUGACUACUUUUCAUUCGGGCCACAUGAUGUGUUGUUUACAUUAGUGUUCGAUGGCCCUCCAACAGUACAUGAUUAAGUCAAAUGCACCUAGACAUAACACUAUGCGCCCGCGUCUAUUAGAGUCAUGCAUGUCUUAACCGUAGGCGUUUACACAGUUUCAUAAAAAUAACAACCCAAAAUAUCA